AUGUUUGGCUCAUCUAAUCCUUUUGGCCAGUCAUCAGGUAGCAGCCCAUUUGGGUCCCAAUCUUUGUUUGGUCAGACCAGCAAUGCAAAUAGUAAUCCCUUUGCUCCAGCAACACCCUUUGGCACGCCUGCACCAUUUGCUGCACAGACAGGAAGUUCAAUAUUUGGAGGCACUUCAACCGGCGUGUUUGGUGCACCUCAAGCCUCCUCUCCCUUCGCCUCCACUACAACUUUUGGAGCUUCUUCAUCACCAGCAUUCGGGAAUUCCACUCCGGCCUUUGGAGCAUCUCCAGCAUCUUCACCUUUUGGUGGUAAGUACCUUAUAUGGAUAUCAUUGCAUGGGUCUUCUGGUUUUGGGCAGAAACCUUUGGGAUUCUCAACGCCUCAGUCAAAUCCUUUUGGGAGCACGCAACAGCAAUCACAGCCUGCAUUUGGAAACAGCACUUUUGGUUCAUCGACACCUUUUGGUGCCACAAGCACGCCUGCCUUUGGCGCAUCAAGCACACCUUCCUUCGGUGCUACAAGCACACCCUCGUUUGGUGCAUCGAGCACGCCUGCCUUUGGUGCAACAAGCACGCCAGCCUUUGGUGCCUCAAAUCAACCUGCUUUCGGCACGUCGCAAACUCCAGCCUUUGGCAGCACUGGCACUACGUUUGGCAACACUGGCUUUGGUUCUGGAGGUGCUUUUGGAGCUUCAAGUACCCCUGCUUUUGGUCAAUCAAGCACUCCUGCUUUUGGUGCGUCAAGCACUCCUGCUUUUGGUGCAUCAGGAGCUCCUGCCUUUGGUGCAUCCAGUACUCCUGCCUUUGGGGCGUCCAGUACUCCUGCCUUUGGGGCAUCCAGUAUUCCUUCUUUUGGUGCAUCAAAUACAUCAUCCUUUAGUUUUGGCUCUUCCCCAGCUUUUGGCCAGUCUACAUCAGCAUUUGGUAGCAGUGCAUUUGGCUCAUCACCAUCUCCCUUUGGAGCUCAAGGUGCGCAGGCUUCAACUCCAACAUUUGGGGGUUCUGGUUUUGGUCAAUCACCUUUCGCUGGUCAACAAGGGGGCAGUCGAGCCGUGCCUUAUGCAUCAACAGUUGAAGCAGAGACAGGGAGCGGUACCCAGCCUGCUGGACGGCUGGAAUCUAUUUCUGCCAUGCAGGCAUACAAAGAUAAAAGCCACGAGGAGCUGAGGUGGGAAGAUUACCAGCGAGGAGAUAAAGGUGGACCACUUCCUGCUGGCCAGUCUCCUGGAAAUACCGGAUUUGGUGUCUCAACUGCUCAGGCAAAUCCUUUUUCCCCAUCACCCGCAUUUGGUCAGACAUCAGCAAAUCCAACAAACCCGUUUGGGAGUUCAACAUCUACCAACCCUUUUGCCCCGCAAACCCCAACAAUUGCCAGUUCGGGUUUUGGAGCGGCUACCUCAAAUUUUGGUUCCUCGCCCUUUGGUGUGACUUCUUCGUCCAAUCUUUUUGGGUCAACUUCAUCAAAUACCACAUCCGUUUUUGGAUCAUCAUCCGCUUUUGGAACAACGACAUCAUCACCGUUAUUUGGUUCAUCAAGUGCUUCUGGAUUUGGCUCUUCUACAUCAAUCUUUGGUACUCCUGGUCAGGGGGCAACUCCAGCAUUCGGCAACAAUCAGUCAUCUAAUCUGUUCAACUCAACUCCCUCGAUUGGGCAGACUGGUUCUGCAUUUGGACAGACUGGUUCUGCUUUUGGACAGUUCGGACAGAGUAGUGCUCCUGCAUUUGGCCAAACUAGCAUUUUUAAUAAACCUUCCACUGGAUUUGGCAACAUGUUUUCAAGUUCUUCAACAUUAACAACGUCUAGCAGCUCUCCCUUUGGACAAACAAUGCCUGCUGGUAUGCCACCCUUUCAAUCAGCUCAGCCAGGUCAAGCAUCAAAUGGUUUUGGUUUCAACAACUUUGGUCAAACGCAAGCAGCUAAUGCAACUGGAAAUACGGGUGGACUAGGAUUUUUUGGUCAAGGCAACUUCGGGCAAACGCCUGCUCCACUGAACUCUGUUGUUUUGCAACCAGUUGCUGUUACAAACCCAUUUGGAACACUUCCUGCUAUGCCUCAGAUUUCAAUAAAUCAAGGUGGAAAUUCAUCUUCAAUUCAAUAUGGAAUCUCCAGCAUGCCUGUUGUUGACAAACCUGCUCCUGUGAGAAUUUCAUCUCUCCUGACUUCUCGACACCUUUUGCAUAGGCGAGUCAGGUUACCAGCAAGAAAAUACCGUCCUGGCGAUAAUGAUCCAAAGGUUCCAUUUUUCACUGAUGACGAGGAGACCUCAAGUACACCAAAGGCGGAUGCUCUUUUCAUUCCAAGGGAGAACCCUAGGGCUCUAGUAAUACGCCCAGUUCAGCAGUGGUCGUCGAGGGACAAAUUAACACUUACAAACGACCGCCCGACUGCUCCAGUACAUAACAAUGGGAAGAGUCCAGACAUGAGCACUGAUGCAGCAAACCAUGACGAAAAUGAUAAUGGAGAACUUGGUUCUGCGGGAGAAAGAACUCAUCCAUCAGUCGAGCCAAAUCAGAAACCGAAUGGUACAACAGACACAGAUCGCGCUGGGGAGAAAGACCGUCCCUACAAAACGCUAAGCGGACGCAGAGCCGGAGAAGCAGCGAUUGUUUACGAACAUGGUGCAGAUAUUGAGGCGCUAAUGCCGAAGCUACGCCAACCCGAUUAUUUCACUGAGCCACGUAUCCAGGAACUAGCUGCCAAGGAAAGAGCAGAUCCAGGUUAUUGCAGGCGGGUUAGAGACUUUGUGGUGGGGCGACACGGUUAUGGUAGCAUAAAGUUCAUGGGAGAGACAGAUGUUCGUAGGCUAGACUUAGAAUCGCUGGUUCAGUUUAAUAACCGGGAAGUGGUUGUAUACAUGGAUGAGAGUAAGAAACCGGCAGUUGGGCAAGGUUUGAAUAAACCGGCAGAGGUUACAUUGCUGAACAUAAAAUGUGUUGAUAAGAAGACAGGGAAACAGUUUACUGAAGGUGAGAGAGUGGAGAAGUAUAAGAUGAUGCUUAAGAGGAAAGCCGAGGCACAAGGAGCUGAGUUUGUGUCGUUUGAUCCAGUGAAAGGCGAGUGGAAGUUCCGGGUCGAUCAUUUUAGUUCCUACAAGCUCGACGAUGACGAAGCUUAG